UGAUACCAUACUACUACAAUGGCUCUCAUAGACCUCGGUGAGAGUUUCCACUUUAACAAAACCGCAGCGUAUGGGCCGAAGGUUACCGAUAUCUAUCCUUCAUUUUUAUUAAAGUUCCAUCACAUGGCAUUUGUUGUUAUCAGUUAUUUGUUGAUAGUACGCUAUGGACCAAAACUAAUGAGUGGAAGGAGACCUUACAGUUUGAAGGGAAUAAUUAUGGUUUAUAACUUGGUACAAGUAGCUAUUAACGGCUAUAUAGUUUAUUUGACUUGUACCCGAUGGGGGAUCAGAAUUUUAGGAGUGUGGAAACAUAUUUGCGAACCAAUAGGGGGAACUGCUGGGUACAGUGAAUCAGAUGAAUUAGUGUUUGUGAAAAUUAUCUACAUAUAUUAUCUAACAAAACUCCUGGACUUAUUGGACACAGUAUUUUUCAUUUUACGGAAGAAGCAAUCACAAAUAACAUUUCUACAUUUGUUCCACCAUUCAUCAAUGGUGGUUAAUAUGUGGCUAUCUAUGGAUCUAAUAAGAGAACAAAUCAUUUCAGUUUUUGGAUUAAUUAAUGUAAUAGUACAUGCAGUGAUGUACACCUACUACUUACUUGCUGUAUUGGGUCCCAGUGUAAGGAAAUAUCUUUGGUGGAAAAAUUAUAUUACAAAAAUGCAGAUGGCACAAUUUGUUAUAAUUCUAUCACUUCUGGCAAAAAUGAGGAUUUAUAAUUGCAAGAGUAAAGUCUUGUUCUGGCCUCUUUGGAGUUUCACGGUUGCAAUAUACUUUAUUCUUUUCAUAAAUUUUUACAUAAAUACCUACAAGAAAUCAAACAAGAAUGUAAACCAAAAAAUUAAAAUUUAAGUGAUUAUUUCUGAC